AUGGGAGAAGAAGAUGAGGCACAUUUGUUUGUUCUCGUUCACGGCCUUUGGGGCAGCCCUACCCAUAUGCUGACUGUGGAACAGGCGCUCAAGCACUCCCUUGCAGGCGUGUGUCAUGAACGGAUAGUUACGAUGAAACCGCUGUCGUUUCGGUUUUGGAAAACAUACGAUGGCAUCAACCGUUGUGCUGAGAAAGUGAUUGCCGAGAUUCUUUACGAGAUCGAAACGUUAAAGCAAAAGGACAGCUGUAAAGUCACCAAGAUUAGCAUCAUUGGAUAUUCCUUGGGCGGCCUAAUAUCGAGAUACGUUGUUGGGAGCUUGUAUGAAAUGGAAUUUUUCCAAGAAGUGGCACCUAUGUUCUUUUGCACUUUUGCCACUCCUCAUGUGGGUGUCCACUUCUUCAGGAACAACUUGUUCGACAAAACAGCUAACGUUGUUGGAAAAUACAUUUUAGGAGUCACUGGCUUCCAAUUAUUUGUGGCAGACAAAGGUCGUUUGUUGGUACAAAUGAGCGAUCCUGAAUCGAUAUUUUACAAAGGUUUACAAUGCUUCGAGAAGAGGCUCUUGUUGGCAAACAUCAAGAAUGAUAGAAGUGUAGCAUUUUACACGAGUUUCAUUACGCCCCAUUCGCCGUUUGAUCGUUGGAAUACGCUUAAAGUAAAAUAUUUUAAGGAUCUUCCCUCCUCAAGAAUUGCAGGAAUCACGGUAAGGCCCAAAUUCGUUGACCUACAGAGAUCUCGUAGAGUCGAACCCGCAGAGGGACAACCAAUCAACAGCCAAGAGGCAACGUCUAUAUUCCGCCGUAAUAGGAUAUUACGGUAUACUGUGAUUCUUGUUGCAGCUUCAAUUCUUGUACCAUUUUAUAUCCCGAUGAUCCUUUGCAUUUCUCUGUACGUUUCUUGGUACAGUAUUGUCAAAGUUAAGUUGCUGAGCGAUCCAAAGAACAAAAACCAUUGGAAGGAAGUCCGCAGCGCUGUAUACUUAGGGGGUGAGGUGAACAAAGAGCACGCCCAGCGAGGCGAGGAACGAAGAAAAGAGCGUAUUAAUUUGGCCCACAAGGAUUCUUUUAAAGGGGAAACCUCAUUCUUCACUGAGCAUGGCAUGGAAAAUGUCUUAUACGCGGAGAGCCGUCUUCAUGAUAAGCAACCAGAGUUUGUGAGUGAUAGCCCAGACUGUAAUAGCGAUCGAGAGACAAAGACUGAUGAAUCACUCGAGAUCCAACAGUUAUCCAGGGACAAUUGUGACCUGUCGGAUUGUGAAAAGGCAAAAGAAAAAAAGAGAUCGCUUUUGCCUUCAUUUCUCAGAAAGCAAAAGUUGAUUGACAUUGAUGCUUCGGUGAACGAUUCCAUAAUGAAGACUCAUUCGGCCAAGUUAUCAGUGAGAGAUUAUUCACAGUAUCCACUCUUUACAGAGGAUACAAAAUUAGACAUUUCAAGCGAUCAAUCUACUAUCAUUGAAAACUUGAACAAGCUUUCAUGGGAGAAAAUCGCCGUUUACCAUGACCUGUUUAAUGCACACGACGGGAUUGUUGCUAGACGAGGCGAACGGACUAAUCCAAAAGGAACAUCCACCGUUUACCUUUGGGUCUCGAUACUUCGUAAUCAUUUUGCAAGUGCAAGUUCAUAG